GGGGCAGAAAGAGCGGCGGGGCCUGCGGGCCUUGGCUCACCUUAGGCCCUGCGGGCGCUGCGGGGAAACGGCCGUUUUUCCCGUAAGGGGACGGCGGUACAGAAACCAAGAGUUGCCGGCUCCGGGCUGUCAGUCCUCGGUUAUCUCUCGCAAGGUCGAGCUGGGGAGCUGCGUGCCAUGCAGUUCCUCGGGCGGCUCUUGAGCCAGGCGUUCAGCAACCCGUACCGCGUGAAGGAGGUGCCCGCCGCCGACUAUUCGGGGCAGGGCAGCCUGCGGGAGGACGGCCGGGUGCGGCUCUACAGCAACGGCCGCUGCUGGGACGGCGUGCUGGUCAAUCCCCAGAGCCCGGGGGUGGCCUUUCGGCUCUUCCACCUCGACGAUGAAGCAGAAGCCCUGGUGUGCUUUGAGCGCUAUGCUGGCCACCUGCGGCCGUUCUAUGAGAGCUCAGCCCAGCCCCUGUCGCUGGAGGUUUUGCAGCAGCUCAGUGACUGCAUCCGCAACCACCCAAGCUGGUCCUCGGCACACGUAGCAGUGGAGGUUGGCAUGCAGGAGACCUUCCGACACAACCGUGUACUCAGCUGUGUGAAUAGCACAGACAGUGAGGAUGGCUGCACUCCACUGCACCUGGCGUGCCGCAAGGGAGACAUGGCCUGCCUGCAGGAGCUGCUGGACUGCCAUGCACGAGUCGAUAUUACAGACAGGAAAGGAGAGACAGUUUUCCACUAUGCUGUGCGAGGAAGCAACCCCUAUAUCAUUGAGCUCCUGAGCAGUGCCCCGACUGUUGGCGUGAACCACCUGAGCCACGAAGGGCUGACCCCUCUGUAUCUUGCUUGUCAGCUGGGCAAAGAAGACAUGGUUCGGUCUCUGCUGAAGUGCCGUGCCAGCUGCAAUGUCAUGGGGACAGUGGGCUACCCCAUCCAUGCAGCUCUGAAGUACUCCCAGAAGGGGUGUGCCCAGGCCAUCCUCGAGGUGGAUGCCAGCCAGGUCCACUCCAGAGACCCACGCCAUGAAGCCGUCCCGCUGCACUGGGCGAAGAAGGCGGAGAUGACGCAGCUGCUGCUUAAGUAUGGCUCUGAGGUGAACCUGACCAGCCGGACGGCUGACAUGGCCCUGCACAUUGCAGUCAAGAGAGGUCGUUUUGACUGUGCCAUGGUACUGCUGACACACGGGGCCAACACCAAUGCCAAGGGCCAGGAUGGCAACACACCACUGCAUCUGGCCAUGAAGCAUGACCACCUGGAUAUGAUCAAAGCAAUUGUUGUGUUCGGAGGAGAUGUUGAGAUCCCUAAUGAUUUCGGGGAGACACCAGGGCUGCUGGCAGCCAGGAACAGCAAAGGUGCGAACCGGAAAGUGCUCUUAGACCUGCUGCAAACUGUAGGGACCGAACGCUGCCUCCCAACCAUUCCUGACUCCCAAAGUCUGGCACCAUCUGCCGCCUCCUUCCUGGAAGGCCAACCUUCCCCGCGGAGCAGCUACAACAGCUUAGGGUACAAGGACCUUCUGUAUGUUUCUGCGACACUUGGGCAGUUCUUGAAGGCACCAGAUGUCGUGGACUCACCCAGAGAGGGUGAGAGAAACUGCGACCGCCUCCUAUGUCUGGAUGGAGGGGGCAUCCGGGGCCUGGUGCUCAUCCAGCUUCUCCUGGCCAUCGAAAAAGCUGCGGGCCGUCCCAUCCGUGAGAUUUUUGACUGGAUUGCGGGGACCAGCACUGGGGGCAUCUUGGCCUUGGCUAUUGUACAUGGGAAGUCCAUGGACUACAUGCGCUGCCUGUACUUCCGCAUGAAGGACAUGGUGUUCCGGGGGUCUCGGCCCUACGAGUCAGAGCCCCUGGAUGAGUUCUUGAAGAAGGAGUUUGGGGAAAACACCAAAAUGACAGAUGUCCAAAAACCCAAAGUUAUUGUGACAGGGACUCUAUGUGACCGACAGCCAGCUGAGCUCCACCUCUUCCGGAAUUACCCCGUACCUGAGACAAAGAUCUCCACUGAAUACAAGACAACUGCGACUUUCAAACCACUCACUCAGCCCAAAGACCAAUUGGUAUGGCGUGCUGCUCGCUGCAGUGGUGCAGCUCCCACUUAUUUCCGGCCAAUAGGGCGCUUUUUGGAUGGUGGGCUGCUAGCAAACAACCCAACCCUUGAUGCCAUGGCGGAGAUUCACGAGUACAACAAGACUCUGAUCAACAAGGGUCAGAGGCAGAAAGUAAGAAAAUUGGGGUUGGUGGUCUCCCUGGGGACAGGGAAACCUCCACAGGUCCCAGUGUCCUCUGUGGAUGUCUUCCGUCCUACCAACCCCUGGGAACUGGCAAAGACAGUCUUUGGGGCUAGGGAGCUCGGCAAGAUGGUGGUGGACUGUUGCACUGACGCAGAUGGCCCAGCUGUGAAUCGUGCCAGGGCCUGGUGUGAGAUGACAGACAUCCCAUAUUUCCGGCUCAGCCCUCAGCUACACACAGAUGUGAUGCUGGACGAGGUGAAUGACAGCGUGUUGGUGAAUGCCCUCUGGGACACCCAGCUCUACAUCUACCAGCAGCGGGAGCAGCUGGAGCGGCUGGUGCAGUAUCUCUGCCGAUGACUGACCUGGAAGUGUUCCUUCUGCAUCCCAGAGGCAAGGAGCAGCAGAUGCUGCAGCUUGGAUUUGCCUUGAACCAAGAUGUUGAGGUGGGGAGAAGGGACUGCUCCUGCUAAUAAUACUUACAAAUUAGUGAUAUUUAAUAGACAACAGUGCACGUACACAUGUAUUCCAGGACAGCUGUGAAAAACUGACAGUUACUGUCCCACUAUAGGCUAAUCUCCACUCCGCUGUGCUUUGUUUUGCUGCCCUGCUAUCUGAGCAUACAGCCCUUCCCAGAAGCCAGAUCCCCAGCUAUCAUGAGCCAGCUGCAGUCUGUGCAGUACUGACAAAGCACCUUACUCCUUCCCACCUCACACAAUAGCCCAAUACCUGACAGAGUUUCAAGGAUUAUUUUUCCUGCUUGGGACAAGGUGGUUCAAAACGUGUAGGAUGGUGAAAGGGAUUUGUCUUUGAUCAAUAUACUUGGCUUAGAAGGGGACAGAAAUUCUGCAGCCUUUUGCAGUAGAUUGAUACAACAUAUGACUGACAUUGGAAGAGCCAGUUGGCUCCUGUAAUGCCCUUCCCUUUUGCCCUCGGAGACAGCUGGCAGCUUGGGUUCUGACUGCACCUAGGAUGGGAGCAGCCCCCCAGAACUGUUUUAUGCCCCCUGUCUUGCUGUGAUACUCUGCUCAAGGGCUGAGAUGUGAAAACCUUGUGUCUUGUCCACGGCGAGCUCAAGAUGAGAGCUAAUGGCCUUGUCUUGGUAGAGAGAUUGAUUCUCUUUUUUGUUAGCGUGUAGUUUAAAUGUGCAAUUGAACCUGACAUCAGGUUGCACCAAAGAUGCUGACAAUUUGGAUUUAUUUUACCUUUUUUACUGCUGUAAAUCUGGUGUGACUUCUAUAUUAAAUGUUUCUGCAGCAAAUUUUGCAUAUUUAUAAAUGAUGUGUAUCCACUGGAAGGAAUUUUUUGGAGUAACCUGAAAAACUGAAAACUUAAAUCAUUUGCUUUUGAGUGAAUGGACUACUACUGUGAACAAAACCUAACUUGACUUGAAAUAAAAAGAGCCUUGAAUUUGGUUCCAUUGUAA